GCAUUCUCGUUCUGGUUGGCGAUGGCUGAGUGUAGGCUGCACUAUUGAUCUUGAAUAACACCGCAGCACUGAAGCACUGCUGAGCUGACGAUGCCGAUGACGACUAGUGGAUGGGAGUCAAGUUCGUUUUUGAGUCUGACGAAAGCCAGAACGGAAUUCACUGUUGCGCCGUUUGGAGUGGUUUUGUGUUGAAUUUUCCGCAGAAUUGACCAUUAGAAAUGUCGAAAAAGUUGUUGAAGUUUCAAAUUAUCCUCGAUCGGGAUUCGUUGCUUUAUUUACCGGGUCAAGUGCUGGCCGGCCGGGUGCUGCUGGAGACGCAGGAAAACACAGCUGUUUUGGGUCUUUACUUUCACGUGUUGGGCGAGUGCACCGUGAAUGCGAUCAAAGCUACGCGUCGUGACAAAUCCUAUGACAAAGAGAACUACAUCGACUUUCGCAUGAAGUUAUUGGAUGACUUCGACAAUAAACCGAUUCUUCUAUCGCCCGGAGUUCAUUGUUUCCCAUUCAAACUAGGCCUUCCCGUAUCACUACCAUCUACGUUUCUUGGGCAGCAUGGCUGGAUUCAGUACUACUGCAAGUCCAGCCUGAAAGAAUCGUCCGGAAUUACGCACAAAAAUCAACAGGUUUUCAUCGUGCUGAAUCCGAUUGAUUUGAAUCUGGAAGACCCGCUGUUGAGUGAUCCCCUGGAAGCCAGUGCUAGGCAUCGGGUAGGAGUUGGAGUGCUUGGCGGAACGGUUAGAUGUAACGUCGGACUGGACAAGAGAGCCUAUAUUCCGGGAGAAAACAUUCUGGUUACGGGUGAGAUAUACAAUCAGAGCAAUGUGACCAUUAAAGCGGUUAAGUAUGCAUUGAUGGAGACCAUCCAGUACUAUGCACAUGGGAAACUCCUGCAUCAGGAACGUCGAGAGCUGGCGGCCAUCGUACGGGACCGUAUCAAAUCCGGCAUCCGUGAUGUGCUGCAGAAUGGACACCUGACAGUGCCGCCAUUGCCGCCGACCAACCUGCUCGGGUGCCACCUGAUCCGGAUACAGUACAGUGUUUGUAUUCUCAUUGAGCCGAACCUGAUGGAACGACAGGUUGCACUGCGGGUUCCCAUCACCUUGGGCACCUACCCUUUCCGGCGGGACGAGGAGAACCUGCAGCAGUGGGUGGAGAACUACGUUCGUUAUCCCGCUACACUGCCGGUGUCUCGAGUGCCAUUGUUGCUGGCAGGUGAAAGUGGAUGAACUGAACUAAACUCCAUUUCUUCUCGGUGCAUCGUCGUAUGUGGGCCAGGACAACCACCAGGCAGCUGACAGCCGUGCUUUACAUACCACUUACCCCCAUCGUGCAGCACCGUACACACCGAUUGAUGCUUGACAAAGUUCUUCCAUGUAACGAAUCACUAAUAGCGCAACAAGUGGACAGGACACAGCCUGAUGCAUAGGAAUAAAACGCUUCUGAAGUGAUUGCUGCUUGCAACCAGGAUGACUCUCACUCAUAUAAUAUAGGACAUAAUUCAAAUACAAUAUCAUGUAACCACAGCAAA